CUACGCGUUGACCCGGUACUGAACGACAUGCCGGGGUCGGUGGACCCGGGUCACCGGGCUCCACUAUGGCGUGGAGGAGCUGCGCGGUUCUGCUCAGGCUGAGCGGGGAACAUGUUCUACGGAGCUCCGCGAGGGGAGGCAGGUGGCCUCACGGCACGCAGCAGAGAUGCGGCUUCAGGAAAGUUGCCAAGAAACCAGAAUUGAAGAAGGCGGAGGAGGAGCUGGGCCCCCCCCAUGCAGAGUCCUCGGAGGUCGCCCCCCAACGUCGGACCCCUGCCCCCCAGGUGGAGCACCGGGCUCCGCAGACACCCCACCGGGCCUUUGGCCGGCUCGUCCGACCGCUGGUCUUCACUGUGGGGUUCACAGGCUGCUCCUUUGGCUCGGCAGCCAUCUGGCAGUACGAGUCGCUCAAGUCCCGAGUCCAGAGCUACUUCAACGAGAUCAGGGCCGAUUGGCUGGAAAAGCUGAGGCCUCAGAAGCGAGGGGAUGUCCGCAAAGAGGUCAACCAAUGGUGGAACAGCUUGAGUGAGGGUCAGAGGACGGUCACAGGGAUCAUUGCAGCUAACGCCAUCGUGUUCUGCUGCUGGAGAGUUCCGUCCCUGCAGCGCUCCAUGAUGAAAUACUUCACCUCCAACCCAGCCUCCAAGACUCAGUGCUCUCCGAUGCUCCUCUCCACCUUCAGCCACUUCUCUUUCCUGCACAUGGCUGCCAACAUGUACGUCCUGUGGAGCUUCUCCUCCAGCGCUGUUUCCAUGCUGGGCAGAGAGCAGUUUAUGGCCGUCUACCUGUCUGCAGGUGUUGUUUCUACGUUUUUUAGUUACGCCUGUAAGACGGCCACCGGGAGGUUCGGGCCGUCUCUGGGAGCCUCUGGAGCCAUCAUGACCGUCCUGGCUGCCGUCUGCACCAAGAUGCCAGAAGCCAAACUGGCCAUCAUCUUCCUCCCUAUGUUCACCUUCACCGCCGCCAACGCUCUAAAGGCCAUCAUCGCCAUGGAUACGGCCGGCGUGGUGCUGGGAUGGAAGUUCUUCGACCACGCCGCUCACCUGGGAGGAGCCCUGUUCGGAGUCUGGUACAUCCUGUUCGGCCACGAGUUGAUCUGGAAGAACCGGGAGCCUUUCGUGAAGCUUUGGCACGACCUGAGGACCGGCGGCUCUGGAGGGGGAGGAGCCGACGGAGGGGGCGCCGUGUAGGCCGCCCAACAGCCGGGGCUGCUGGGAAAAGAUGUAUAAAAUGUACAGAGGCCGCUUGGCUGCACCUUUGGGCUUCCAUCAGGACGAGGUCCUGGGGAGCUCAUAUGUAUACAGAGGCAGUAUAAUACACAGUCCAACAGGACGUGAGGCGUCCGGCCCACACGAGGAGCUGGAACCUCUGAGGACUUCAUGUGGGUCCUUCUGCACAUUCAUGUUUGCUGGUUUUCUUUUGAAUAAAACUGUAAAAAUGA